CAUUAAAACUUGACACUCAUUGUUGAUUUCAGCUGUUCUCUAUAUAAUAAUGCAUUAAAAUUCUACAGACAGAGAAAACACAUGACUUACUGAACUAAAGGUUGCAUAGAGAAAGAAACGGUUUCUAUUGGCCUUUUCAGUUUCAACACAUGAUUCAUAACUACAGCGUUGGCCCUCUAUCUUCAUCACUUGAACCUCAGGCGUCUUCCUCAUAUGGGCUCCUCUUCCUCCAUAUAAAAGUUGGUUUAUGUUCGUGAUGGGGAUGAAGAAAAGCCGAGAUGUUCUUUUGAAGCGGACUACCCCUUUAUGCACACACACUUUUAUUGUGAAAAACCGAGUCUUAUUUUGUCAUCAACCGGAAGUGAUGUCACCGUCAACAAACCGAUUCACCGGUUGCGUUUUCGCCGUAAUAAACCGACGCUUCUUGUUUCUCUUCAAUGAGUCCGUCUGGGCUUUUCCGAACCGGCAACGAACCUAAAUCAUGUUCCCGCCAUCGCCUCGGCUCCAACCUGGCGAGCGGAAGUCGAAGCGUUCCCGCGCAAAUGAUCAUGAGGAAGAGGAAGAGGAAGGUCGGACAGAGAUGAGUGAGAGCGGGACUCAGCUGUUUGCCCGUCUCGAGGCCCGGCGCUGUCUGAAGGACGUUGAGCCUCGGCUGUUUGCUGAUGAUGGAGGACCUGACCGUGGGGAGGUGGUGGAGGUGUACGGUCCGGAGGGGACAGGAAAGACGGAGCUGCUCUACCACCUGCUGUGUCGCUGCAUCCUGCCGGAGGCGGCUGGCGGUCUGGAGGUGGACGUUGUCUUUGUGGACACAGACUACAGUCUGGACGUGUUCCGGCUGGCCAGUGUUCUGGACAGUCGACUGAGUGCAGGUGGUUCUGCCGGGUUUGAUGAUGCGAUUCUGCGCUCCUGUCUGACUCGCCUCCUGGUGGUCCGCUGCUCCUCCUCCUCCCAACUCCUUCUCACCCUUCAUUUUCUGGAGACCACCUUGUCUUCUCGACCCAGAGCAUCGCUCCUUCUCAUUGACAGCAUAUCGGCGUUCUAUUGGUCGGAUCGCAGUGAGGGCGGAGCCAGCGUUGCCAAGCAGGAGGAGAAGCUCAGCAGGUGUUCGGAGCUGCUGGGACGACUGCUCAGGGAUUACAAAAUCACCAUCUUUGCAACCUGCCACCCCAUCAGGAGGAGUUCUAGUGGGCCACCCUCCUCCUCAGAGGCAGACCGGUCCCAUCUCUGCCGUGCCUGGCAGCGUCUGGUGACCCACCGGCUGGUUUGCUCCAGACAGGAAGCUGAACAUAACCCAGCAAAUGGAGACGAAGGGAGCGGAGAGCAGAGGAACCGACAGGUCUUCACCGUCCACUGCUCCUCCUGGACUGGGACCAAGAGUUCCAGGGUCAGCUCCUUCAGAGUGACGGAUGGUGGCGUGGAGUUCAUCUGGACCCAGAGACCUCCUCCUGGUCUUUCUGCUAUACUUUAAAGACUCACUGUUGAUGUUUGUAACUUAAUUAUGAUGACAUGUUGGAAUUGAAUAAAACCAGAGAUGGAUUAGAA